CCAGGGUGCAUUCCCUCCAUUCGUCAGUGUCGAGCCCAAGAGCGAAGUCGGAGCGCACGCGGAGACCCAUAGCUCACGGUUCCACUUUCCACUGACGCUCAGACUCACGAUGAAGACGCAAACUCCGCUCGUUCUUCUCGUCUGUAUUCUCUCCGUUGCGGUUGUCCUGAGCAGAAGCGACAAUGAUAUUCCUUCGAGAGCCGGCACCGCCGCGACCCGGCCAGAGGAGAGUCCUCCCGCCGUCACCUCGCCGUCCCCUGGUCACGAGAUAUCUCCGCGCCCUUUCUCCGAAGACGACGAAGACUACAGCGACGACGACGAAGACCACUACAGCGACGAGGAGGAUGUUGACUACGAGAUGAGCGGCGCGUCCGAAGGACAUUUUGAAACGGAGCACCUGAUGGCGGCCGUGCGCUCGGGUCCGACGCAGCAGAGCAAGCCUCCCGUCGCCAAGGGAAAGAAGGGCAAUAAGAAGGGCAAGGGCAAUAAGAAAGGCAAGGGGAAGAAGAAGUCGAACGACGGGAAGAAGAAGAAGCCCAAGGGCGAGAGCCAGACGCGUGGACACUUUUCGGACUGCCCCGAGCCCAACUACUGCGUGCACGGCACGUGUCGCUUCGCCGAGGCGCUGCAGCAGCCCCAAUGCGUAUGUCCCACAGGCUACAUGGGCAUGAGGUGCGAGUCGGUGACGCUGCCCGUGACCAAGCAGGAGGAUAGCCUCCACACGAGGACCAUCGCCCUGGCCGCCCUGGUCAUCUCAUGCCUGGCCCUCAUCGUCUGCGCCGUCACCUCCAUCCUCUUCAGCAGGCGGUCGAAAAGGAGGAGAGACAUGGACCUGGAGUCGCUGACCGGGAAAUACCGCGAUGGGCGCAACUAGAGUGGAGAGAGAGAGAGAGAGGAAGAUCUCGAGACGCUGUGUGAAGAGAGAGAGAGACUCCCAAGUGCAAUUCACGACUCCUACUGAAGACGCUCAGCCAAGCAAGCCCGGUCCAUGUUGGCGAUCCACGCGAUCGCGAGCAUACAACCAGGCGCCAUCUCUUCGGGUCAACCGCAUUUCAAUGUGCGUGCGUGCGUGCACUCGCCCGUGCGCACGCAAGCACGCAAGCGCAACAUGUGUGCACACGUGUGUGCACACAUGUGCACACACGUGUGCGCGUGUGUAUGUGUGUGUGUGUGCGCGCGUGGAAAAACACCGGUGGCUCUCAUAGGAAUGUGGCCUUUCCAGCCGUUAUCUUUUAGGGAGAUAAGUGGAGGGAGAUGAUAGCCACCACAUAUGAACAUAGAUAGACACACACCACGUAAUGUUAAAUACUGUUAUUUAUAUAUUAUAUAUAUUUGUGUUUGAACGUAUAAACCGUUAUGUAGGUUUACAUUAUUUAGUUCUUUCGUGACAUAUGUGUAUAUUCGUACAAUACACACAGUGGACAAACACAAAGAUAUCCCGUAUAGCUCUACAGACUAUCAGGGCAAGUGCUGUUAGGAGGCACACCUCUGAAGGAAACACACAUACAUGCUCGCACAGACACACAAGGGUACACACACGGACAUGCUGACAUACACAUAGAUAGCAGAGACAAAGGCACCCCGUGUAGCCUUAACAGACGAUUGGGGCAGGUGCUGUUAGCGAGUGGCACCUAUGAAUAACGACACAAGAAGGGGUGGGUGGCCAGCACCACGCCCGGCCGCUUUUGUCUCUCUCGUGGCGAUGUUUAAACACCGUACCAGGUACUCGUUUGAGGCCGAGUCGAUCCGGUUCAGAUAUUCGUCGGUGGUUGUUGGCCCUGAGAGGCAAUCGAACUCGGGAAAGCCGGGGUUCAUCGUGCAGGACGCUAACCACUUCGUCAUCCGCUGCACUACCGCUGCCCACACACACACCCAUCUGUUACACACACACACACGCACAUGCACACGUGAUGGUACAAGAUGGUCAAAGUGCAAGGUCACUGCUCAUAACGAGCGCCCACGAUUUGAGACAAUGGUUGAAAAGACAAAGGAUAGCGUGGCUUUGUUCAUUGUUCAAUCGGAACAAUCGCACUUUAGCACCCUGACCUUUGUGGUAGAGUCCAAUGUAUAAACAAAACAAAGGCAAAGAUCCCCCGUAUAGCCUUAACAGGCUGUGGGGGCAAGUGCUGCUAGCGAGCACCUAUAAAGGCCGGCACGGUACACGAGGAGGUGGGUGGGCAGC